CUCAACCUCCCUGAAGCAUCUCAAGCACCACUUCACUUCCCAUAAUGACAAUUGUGCCACAAACACCAUAAACCAACUUCAAUCAACUACGCUCCUUUACAUCCCCCUCCAUCGUCGCAAUGUCUCCCGCCGCUACAAACUCUUACAGCGAGACUGCUCGUGACAACGCAUCAGGCUUUAUUGCCUACGCGCGGAGCUCCAUCGAUCGUGUUGUUCCGCCUAAUUCUCGACAGAAAGCUUAUGACAAUACUGCUUCUUUUGCUUCAUCGCGACCUAUCCUCUUUUCCUUUAUUGUAUCACAACUUCUUCUCUCUUUCCUCCCUCUUCUAAUCUUUCUCACAUUCUCUCUCUCCACCAUCGUAUUCGCCCUGGGCGCAGCAAUCGUCUUUGCUCUUUUCUGGAUCGGCGUUGCCCUUCUUGUUCUCGUGCCAGCACUGCUCGUCACUUCAUCAAUCGCCGUUCUCGUCUGGGGCUGGGCCAUUGGCAGCUUCAUCAUUGCACGAUGGCUGUACAACCAUUCACCAGUCGGUGCGCGGAACAAUGAGGUUGUGAAGAAGGAGAACGGCAAUUAGUUUUACGCCUACACCGUCUGGCAGCUUGGUAUUAGCAAUAACAAUUGGGAUCCUCAUGAUAUGUCUGCAUUUUAGGAUCCGUGUAUGGGUUAUGGGGGAUGUCAGGAUGGACAAUAAAGUAUUGGUAUGGAGUUUGUUUUGUCCACUGAUCAAGGCCUAAUGGUAAUGGAGUCGGGAUACAGCCCUUUCACGAAAAUUGCAGGCUGUGCAUUACGCUGUCAACAUGUAACAUUACACUGAACAUCAAGUCCUAGUACAAAACAUUCCGCUCAAAGUGGCUGUUAAACCUCUAU